UUACAUUUAUGAAAAUAAUAUUUGGCCUGAAUUAAAUUAAGUUAGUAGAUCCUGUUGUCUUCCUUGUAUUCAUAAAACCUCAAGACAGUAUUUUUUAAACAGAAAGAAAAACUGGGUAUAACACGUUUUUGCAGCAAGUUUAGAAUUCCAGAUCAGAAUGUUAAAGUAUGUGUGCAAGUCCAAAAUAAAUGUGGAAAGGUUCCAACAUGAAUGUUACAGUUCAGUCUGCAUCCAAUGUAUAACAUCGUUAUCAGUUAAAAAGUUGACAGCGAACAAAAGAAGAAAAGAAAAAGAAGUUCAGCGACAAUAAACAAACGAAAAUAAGAAGAAAAAAGCCCUCCUGCUUCAGCAUGGCGUCUAAAGGCUCCGAAUUCAAUCAGGCAAAACGGAAGUCUCCUGUUUCCUGCUUGAAGCUGGGUCCUGCACAGCAGCCCGUGCGAGGCUGUCCUGGAGACCCCGCGCUGCCUGCACCUCUAUCGUCUCGGUUGUCAUGGAUGAUGAAGAUGGCAGGUGCCUUCUAGAUGUAAUUUGUGACCCAGAAGCUCUCAACGAUUUUCUUCAUGGAUCUGAGACCCAUUUGGACACUGACGACCUUUUGGAUGGUUCGAGUGACCCCUCCAGCUCGUUCUUCUCUACCACUGGGGGCCAUAUUUCAGAGGUCCAGCCUACAGUCUCGCUGUCGGCCAAUGAGUCAGCCGGGCUGCCCAGAGUCAGUGUUGACCUGGACUUCCUUGAGGAUGACGACAUCUUGGGUGGAUCCCCAGGAGGAGAAGGUGGAAGUAACGGGAUUGGGACGAACCAUGAACCGUGCGACAUCUUGCAGCAGAGCUUGGCGGAAGCCAACAUCACAGAGCAGAGCUUACAGGAAGCAGAAGCCGAGCUGGACCUGGGCUCCUUUGGGAUUCCAGGCCUUACACAGGUGGUUCAGACGCUUCCCGAUGCAAGCCUCGCUGGGGCGGGAAGUGCUGCCGUUGGCGUAGGAAUAGGGGGUCCCACUGCAAUCUUCCCCGGGUCGGUCCCGAGCACCACUUCUACUCCCCCCAAUGCCACCGCUGAUAUGCUGGGCUCGGUGCUCGCCCAGCAGGGCCUUCAGCUCCAGCAUCCGGUUGUGAACAAGGCCAUCAGCGUUCAGCCCUUUGUGCAGCAGGUGGGCCUGGGAAAUGUGACCAUUCAACCCAUUUCAAGUCUCCAAGCUCUUUCGAAUGGGAACCAGUCAGGACAUUUGGGCAUUGGACAGAUUCAGGUUGUGGGUCAGCCUACAGUUAUGACUAUUAAUCAGUCUGGGCAGCCGAUCCUGGCUAAGGCCAUGGGUGGAUACCAGUUGCAUCAGUCUGGGGCUGAGAUGUCCGGUGCUGGUUCUCAGACAGGGCUUGGAGGCACAGGCGGCGGGCUUCUGAUCCAAAGUAACAAAGCAACUUUGAGUUCCCCAGCUUUAAAUGGACCGGCUGUAUGUGUCAGCAGCGCCAACAGCAGUGGCGGGACCAUGACGGUCCCGUCUGGGCUUGUAGGAUUUGGUAGCACCCCUCUAAGUUCAGGAGUCACGUCCCAGGUACAAACCCAAGGAGGCCAAAUCAUGCAGAACGUGAUCAUCCAGCGCACGCCCACACCCAUUCAGCCCAAGCCCCCUCAGGGUGGACCCAUUCAGCCUAAACUUUUUAAACAGCAGCCGCAGCAGCCAUCGCCCCAGACCCUCCAAAACGAUGCCCACAAGGCUCUCGGGAUUCAGCAGAUUCCAGUUUCCGCUGCUCAGAAUGUAACCUUCCUGACUGGCAAACCCGGUUCUAAUGUGGUUCUGAGUACGCAAGCUACAACACAGGGCCCCCAGUUUCAACAGUCUCUUUUCAAGCAACAAGGCCCACAACCAUCUGGCAAACCGCUCAGCGUCCACCUACUAAACCAACCAAGCAGCUUUGUUAUUCCCUCUCAGACUGUUCUUCAAGGUCAGAACCACCAGUUCCUCCUGCCCCAGCUGCAGGCUGGCGGGCAGAUCCUGACCCAGCAUCCCGGUGGCCACAUCAUCACAAGUCAGGGUCCCGGUGGACAGAUCAUCGCAAACCAAAUUUUGACUGCAAACCAGAACAUCAACUUGGGUCAGGUGCUGACUUCACAGGGUUCCUCUGGGGCAACCCACAUCCUCUCUGGACCCAUUCAGCUCCAGUCUGGGCAGAUGGCCACACCGGCCCUCUUUCAGAUGCCCGUCGCCUCGCUGGCUCAGAGUCAAGGUCAGACGCAGACCCACACCGUCUCAGGGGCUGCGCAGACCGUUAUACAGGGCAUGCCAAUCCAGAACCCCCUGACCAUGUUGGGUCAGGUGGAAGGACUGAGCCCUGCGGUCAGCCUUCAGCCGGCUCUGCAGCCCCAAUCGGGUGGCGUCCCCAGCAGUACAGGAGCAGCGACCGUAGGUCAAGGCCAGCCUGGAGAAGCCGUCACUGUGCUGGGAGGCUCUGCCGACGCGGCUGCUCACCCCACGCAGCAGCUGCUACCACAGUCCUCCAUCCUCACCAUACAGCAGGCUUCCUCUGUGUCCUCUGCUUCCACCGUGCCCACCUCUUCUCCGUCCAUAUCGGUCUCCACCGCGUCCUCAGUCACAGCAGUGGGGCUGGCCCCCCAUCAAGCUCAGCACAGUCCAGGGAGGCUACUAUUCACAAACCAGGGCCAGAGCAUGAUUCUGAGCCAGGAGUCUCUGCAGAUGUUCCUACAGCAGGAGCACCGCCAUCAAACAGAGUCGACCCCCUCUGUGGGCGUGCCGGCGUCUGUAAUCAUCAGCAGCAACAGCAUCUCUACCGCGGCCCCUGCUGUCCAUGAUAGCCAAUUAGCUGACUCUCCCCCUGGCCCAUCCCACAUGACAGCAGUGGUAAAGGUACCUUCCAGCGCAGCUCAGCAGCCUCUGAAGAUCCAGGGCAUGUCCCCGUCGCUGACCACUCAUCCUACGACGCCCCCAGUGGCGGAAAGCCCCCAGCCUUCCCAGUCUCCCCUGGUUCUGAGCCAGCAGAUCCAGUCCCCGCAUCAUCAACAGCGUCCUCCGUCGCAGCCUCAGCCGCAAUCUCAGACCCCCUCGCGGUCGUGCACGCCCUCGUCUCACCCUUCGCUCUUCAUCGUCCCAAAUCAAGUGGCAGAGUCCCCCAAACCCGUCCCGCAAGUCCAGACGCAGCAAACGCCACCCCAACAGCAGCACAUCCAGCUUCAGCUCCAGCCCCUGCCCCGACCGCCCUCGCUGCCCGCCCCCUACCAGCAAGAAAGGCCUUCGAUGUCACAGUCGCCCAAACCUACUCCCGCACCAGCAGCGGCGCAGCACCCCUUCACUCCGCCUCCUGCCAGCGCGUGUGCCCCCGCCGUGGUGAAGACCCAGAUCCCCAUCCAGGGCUUUACCGCAGUGCAUCAACAGCAGCUGCAGUUGGUGGGAGCGCAGAUCCAGACUCUGUCCUCCAUCAGUCAACCCUCACCUCAGCAGAAACAGCUGUUGGAGAAGCUGCACCAGGUCCAGCAGAACAUCAUGCUACAGGCGAAAGCUCCUCCUCAAGCCCCCAGUCAGUUUAUCUCUCAGCAAGAUGUGCCUGUCGAUAAAACGAUUGCUUCGUCAACCAGCGCCGAUAAUCCCGCUCAGCUUCCCGCAAUGCUGCAGCCGACAUCGGUGCUCGUUAAAACUCCCGCUUCAGUAUCAAGUGACUUACAGGUUUUCUCAGGAGCCCAAGGGCCAGCACUGGUGAAUCAGUCUGUCUCUCCUGCCAGCCUUACCCAGCCUGCACAGGUUCAGCCAAAGCCAGGAGUGAUCAGCUCAGUCGGGGGAAUGACUCUGGGGAAAGGUGGGGUGAAAAUACAGGUGUUGGGAGCUACCCUGACCCAGAUGCCUGCUCCUCAACCCCCUCCUCCAGUGCAAACUCAGACAACAACAAUGCCUUUCGGUGCAGAGCCCAGUAAAGAAGCCAGGAUGCUGGAACAGCUGAGGAAGCACCAGGGUUCAGUGCUUCACCCCAACUACAGUUCUCCUUUCCACUCCUUUGAGGACACCCUGAACAGACUGCUGCCUUACCAUCUCUACCAGGGAACUGCCAACUCCUCCCAGGACUAUCAGAGAGUGGAUGAGGAAUUUGAGAACGUCUCCUGCCAGCUGCUAAAAAGGACCCAGGCAAUGGUUGACAAAUACCGUCACUUGCUCUUCGCAGAGUCAAAAGCAUUUAAACCCGAGCAGAGACUGGGCCCCUCGGCAGAGAUGGUGAUGAUCGACAGGAUGUUCAUCCAGGAGGAGAAGAUCGCCCUGAGUUCGGACAGGGCUAUGGCCAAGGAUAAACCAGAGGAGUUUUUGGCAAGUGUGCGAAUGUUGGAAAGUGUCUCUGUGCCGACGGAGCCCCCCUCAGUGAGUGGAGUGGCCCCGAUUGACCCCCCUGUCCAAGCACCUGUUGCCCCUGCUUCAGCGCCUCCUUCAUUAAACGUCGCCCCAAAUCCUCCGCCUGCAUCUGCUUCCGCUCCUGUUCAAGCUCCUGCUCCGGUUCCGGCGUCGACUCCCACGCCUCCUUUCCCCCCUACCAAGUUGGUCAUCAAGCAUGGUGGGGGUGGGGCAUCUGUGUCCUGGUCUACCAGCUGUCCGUCAGUGGCUCCGGCCAAACCCGCUUCUGAUCCUGUCAGCCAAAGCUUCAGUCGUGCUCCCACCUUGUCGUCGUCGUCGUCCUCCUCCUCGCUUCCCUCGGCAUCCUCAAACUCCCAGGAAGCAGACGACGACGACGACGUCGCUCUCCCUCAGCGAACCAGCAAGCCGCCCAUCAAGACCUACGAAGCUCGCAGGAGAAUCGGUUUGAAGCUGAAGAUCAAGCAGGAUCAGACGGGUUUCAGUAAGGUGGUCCACAACACCGCUCUGGACCCGGUGCACACGCUGCAACCUCAGCCGAGCAAUCAGGCCACGCCCCCGCCUCAGGCUCCGACCCAGUCUGAAGCCGCUGUUGCAGCAGAUGCAAAGCCCCACCCUUUAUCAUCCCCUCUCACCACGGUGAUCAGAACUCAGUCCCACGCGUGCACAGCUUCCUCUGGCUUCUCGGUUUCCAUGACGACCACUCAGAGCAACCCCCCUCUGAGAGGAACUGCUUCCUCAGGUGGAGCCCCAUUGUCGUCGUCCUCCUCUUCUUCAUCCUCUCACUCCUGGCCGUCGUCCACCUCCUCAUCCUCCACUCAGGUGAACGGGACGCUGGAUCACCACAGUGUGGGCGGAGUCAAACACAACCCCGCCUCCGCCCCCACCCCCUCCCAGACAACGUGCCGCCUUCCCCUGCGGAAAACCUACCGGGAAAACGUAAGCCCGUGCGUCAGACCCGGUGUCCCAGGUGGAGGAGAUGAAGGUUUGUCCUACCCCAGAGCAACCCCCUCCCCCCCCAGGCACGGGGCCUCCACCCCCCCCUCAGAGCGGACAGUCAUAGCCAGCGUGAAGGCGGACAAAAAAGACAGGGAGGCUUCACGCCCCCACACAGAGUCUGGCCACGAAGCUGGACAUUUUGGGGGGGCGGUGCAGGGGCUGGACAAAAUGAAUGAGGUGUUUAACCAUGGCAUCAAAACCACGCAGCACCAUCAUCACCCCCUGCUCUUAGACAGGGAGGGGGCCAAGGAAGGUCGCGCGGACCAAGAGGUGGAGGUGCGGAAAUACAAGCGGCUGGGUGGGAAAAACAAACACGUGACCGGAGGGACUUUCAGAAUGGACCAGCACGCCCCCGGGCCUCCCUCCCCAGAGUCUUCCUACCCUCGAGACUCUCUGCUUCCUGCCAAACGCUGCAAGUCAGACUCCCCCGACAUGGACAACGCCAGCUUCUCCAGCGGCAGCCCGCCGGACGACUCUCUGAACGAGCACCUGCAGUGCGCCAUCGACAGCAUCCUCAACCUGCAGCAGGAGCCGUCCGGCCGUCACAUCAAAGGGGGCGGCAGCAGGCCCCAUCAGCACCAAAGUCAGCGCGCGGGGGACCUGGCCGCCUCCUCCCACAGACCCUCACUCCCGCCCGCUUCCUCUGCCUCCUCAUCAUCCGCCUUGGCCCAGCACCCUCAGGUUGGCGGUCGUGGCCACAAUGGCAGCUUGGUGCCCCAGACUCAGAGCAGAUAACAGCCCCUCAGCCCCAGGCUGGACUGACGGGGGGGUUGACAGGAGGCCGGGCAAUAGUCACAAGUAGGCGGGGGGGGGGUCAAAUAGUAUCACUGUACUAUUCUGCCAAGCUGUGUUGUCCAUUUGAAUUGUCCGGGCAGUUUGAAUUUGACAGACAAAGGUUCCAGCAGGACAGUCGAACGCCGGCGCCUUGCCCCUCCCCUUUUUUUCCCUUUUUCCCCAAACGAGGCUUUUCCUUUUCAAAGUUCAGUCAUUUUCGCUUCUCCUUGUCACUAUUUAUACAUUCCUUCCAUGUGGCCUUAGCAGCAGUCACCGUUCACAGAUGUCCCGGCCACAAACGGCGUCCCCGGUGAGCAUCGGGCAGCUUGUUUGAACCGUUCCCAAGGCGACAGCAGACAGCAGUUUCACCUGGAACAGAUCAGUAAAUACGACAACUCUUGUGUCUUGCAUAGUCUUAUCACAAAGAGACUUCUGCCUUACCGAGGCACACAGUAAAUGCAAUCCACCGUGUGGUAAACCUGACGGUUCACUUCUCAUCGUUUACUAGCAAAAAAGAAGAUGCAGAUGGCGUCAAAAGGUGUUGAGGAAAUAUGGAAUUAUGAAAUUGUUUUAGAUCUUGGACCCUUCCCUCCUGCUGUGGAAUUGCAAAAAUAGAAAAUCAGUUUUGUUCUGCUUCAAACAUUUCCCGGGUUCUUGUUUCGCAGCCUCACCUCUGCUGUCGGUCGGUCAUGUCUGAUGGACACGUUUCCGCCCGCGGGUCAGUUUCCUGUCUGUCUCAGCUCCGUCACUGUGCACCCGUCUGUUUUUUAUUCUAGCUCUGGUGGACAAUUCAAACCCAAACGCAGCACAAGCAUCCAGAUGAGGGGAAAAAAGGAACAGUAAUAAUGUAAAAAAAAAAAAAAGAAAGAGGAAGAAACAGACCGGAAGAGAAUUUGAAGUAUAGUAUUACAGAUUAAUUUUGUAUUGUAUUUAUUGUGUAUAAUGACACUUUUUAAAAAGAAAUGUACAUUUAGUAAAACUGUAAAUUAAACCUUGUUUCUUUUAUGAAAA